AUGGGCUGUGCGCUGGAGACGUUGUGCGGGCAGGCGGUGGGCGGCGGGCGAUACGAGAUGCUGGGAAUCUAUAUGAGGAGAUCAUGCAUCAUAACUCUCGUCACCGCCUUGUUCCUCACGCCUCUCUACAUCUUCACGUCGCCGAUCUUGAAGCUCCUCCGCCAGAAACACGAAAUCGUCGACCUCGCCGGAAAAUACGCGCAGUGGGUCAUCCCUCAGCUCUUCGCCUACGCCAUCAAUUUUCCGGUGCAGAAGUUUCUGCAGGCGCAGAGCAAGAUAUGGGUCAUGACCGUAAUCUCCGUCGCCGUUUUGGGAUUCCACGUCGUUUUGAACUGGAUUCUGAUCACCAAGCUCGACAAGGGCCUCGCCGGCGCCGCCGUAGCCGAGAACGUGUCGUGGUGGCUCGUCGUUCUGGCGCAGGUUAUUUAUGUCGUCGUCGGUUUCUUCCCGGAAUCGUGGACCGGGUUUUCGAUGUCGGCGUUUAAAUCGCUUCUUGGUUUUGUGAAACUGUCGCUUGCGUCGGCUGUCAUGCUGUGCCUGGAAUUGUGGUAUUACACCAUUGUCAUCCUCAUGGUUGGGUGGUUGAAGAAUCCAGAGAUCGCCGUCGAUGCUAUAUCUAUUUGGUUACAUUCUCUUGUAAACACAAAUUUUUUGUAUUUCAAUGUGCGCAGUUCUUGCUGAUUUUUGGACCAGCGGCGGCGGUAUUUUUAGGGAGAUGGAGAGAUGGCUUCUCGCCGGAUUUCAGAGACUGAGAGGACGGCAGCGGGAGUGGCUCCUUCGGUGGGGCUGAGUUGGAUGGCGGCGGCAAAUUUGGGAGAAGAUUGACGGCCGACGGCGAUUUCGAGCAUACACUCUUAAUAGAUGCCGGAGCAGGAAUCUUGCAAGGCGACGGUGGAAGCAGUGACCCGCCGGAUUUGCGGGAAGAAGCCGAGGGCAGUUGGUGGAAGGCAGCGGCGGCGGUGCCAACAACCGGGACGCGGCUUCGCCGGAUUAGAGGCGGCGCAGAUCGAAGAAGAAAGGAGCAACUGGAUUUUUGUGUUCCUGUGCUUCUAUUUCAGCGUGAGAGAGAAGCCGAGAGGCUUGUGGGCUUUUCUUAAAUGAUUAUGUUGGGCUUUUUUAAGUUAAUAUUGGCCCAAAAUUAUUAAUAAACAGAAUACUUCUCUGAUGGCACGCUGAUUUCUUCCUUCUUCCUCUUCUUCCCUUUUUUUUUUUUUGAAUAUUGUUUGGAAUAUUGUUUAUUUUUCUUGCAGUUGAUGGCAAUGGGAGCUUGGAAGUUUGUGUUAAAGAUUAGCAUAGUCUCAUUAAUCAACUUCAUGGCGGAUUUUGCCCCAAACGAGAUGCUUUGAGUAUUUGCAAAGUUCGAAAUCUAUUGUCUUCUUUCUUUCAGUCUUGACAUCUCCAUCUGCCCGACUAAAGACCAUCCUCAGAGAGUUCAUUCAAAAAUCUGGCAGCAGCCCAUCUAAGACUUUAUUUGAGUGAUGUUUACUUUGCACUUCAGGUGGCUCAAUUGGCUUUUAAUCAGAUUUCGGGUGCGCUCGGAUCUGGGCCAUUGUGAGUCCAACCUUUGAAGAUUGCUGGUUACAUUUUCUCUUUGCGCGCAUUCGAGCAGGCUAGAUGACUCAAUGGUGUUCUAUUAUGUUUGGCGAACAUGUGUUUCAACUCCACGAGCGGAUUCAACUUUAGCUUGGAGAGAAGUGAAUUUGUCGAUGCAUAGCCGACCUCAAUGCCAGAUGACUCAAUUCUUUGACAGGUCUUGGGUGCGCUCAGGCCUGGGAUUGUUUGAAUCUGGUUUGAGUGAGGUUGUUGUUAUGUUUGGCAUCUCACGAAGUUGGGAGAAUUCUGCACAACGGCUCGAGAAGAUUGAGUAUUUUCUUCUUGAUGCUUAAGCCAAGGAGAAUGAAGCCAUCGUCCGAAUUGCUUUGAUCAAGGAAGUGCUUGCUAUGAUAGAGAGGUGGAAGACAGAGAUGACGUUGUCCUUCAAGCAAGAUAGUGUCUCCUUUCAUAUUGUCCGAGGUGCAAUCCCAGAAUUCAAAAGAGAUUUUGACAAACAUAAAGUUGCACAUGUUGAUGAGGAAAUGCUGCGGAAUUUUGAAGACUUCAGAGUCACUUUUGAUCUCUGCUCAGAGAACUUUGGAGGAUCAAGACCCAUUUGCUUAGUAUUGGUGCAAACCGCAGUUUCUAUCAUUUCUCUCUUGAUGAUUCUUAUUUGGUUUGUGAUGGAUAUUUUGACAUCUUCUCCAAA